CCGGUGCCGGUGGCGGUGUCGGUGUCGGCCAUGUCGGGCCGCGGGAAGCUGAUCGCGGUGCUGGGGGACGAGGACACGGUGACCGGGUUCCUGCUGGGCGGCGUGGGGGAGCUGGACAAGCACCGCAAGCCCAACUUCCUGGUGGUGGAGAAGGAGACCAGCCUGGCCGAGAUCGAGGAGACCUUCCGGGGGUGUGUGGAUCAAGGGGGUGCCGAGGGGACCCGGGCUGACCCCCCCCCCCAUUCCCCCCCCCCCCCCCCCAGGAGCUUCCUGAACCGGGAGGACAUCGGGAUCAUCCUGAUCAGCCAGUGCCUGGCGGAGCUGAUCCGGCACGCGGUGGAGGCGCACGCCCGGCCGCUGCCCGCCGUCCUGGAGAUCCCCUCCAAGGAGCACCCCUACGACCCCGCCAAGGACUCCGUCCUGCGCCGCGCCCGCGGCGUCUUCGCCCCCGACGACCUCCGCUAGAGACGCACG